CCCAUUUCCCCUAUAUCUCUCCUUUCAUUCUGACGACAAAAAACACAGCGGUUCACGCUUCUUCUUUCCAAUUCACGUUUCUUCUUUCCUCCAGCCGAGAAUCGCCGGAAACCCACACACCGUGGUUCACUCACUUCCUCCACCAAGCACCAGCUCGCUGAAAUCGCUUCCUCCAGCAGCUCACUCUUCCUCUCGCCUCUUGUCAUCAAAUAAGGUAAGCUAUGGAUAAUGAAGAUGUUGGUAGGACACGGCGUGGUAAGGAGGCAUUGCAUGCUUCUGUCCCCAAAGAGCAAGUUCCAAACGCUCCACCAAGGAGACGUGGACGUGGACGUGGUCGUGGGCGUGGUCGGAGAGAGGAACUGGGUGGCUCUAGUUCCCAGUCUCAGAUUGAUAUCGAGAUGCCAUCAUCACAGUCAGCCUCUGGUUCACAGCCUCCUUCCGUGGGAGUUGUUCAGGAGGGAUACGAUGGAGGACCUUCAAACAUGUCUUUGUUGCCGAGUUUUGGCCAACAUAUUGCAGCAAAGAUUUGGAAUGGAGGUGGCCGUGAAAACACACCUCGGGUGCUUAACAAUGGCAAGCGAAUAAUAGACUUGAAAUCAGCAUUACCUCCAGAUGUUGCUGCUAUGGGAUGGUUCUGGAAUGUCAUCAGGGCAUCUGGUCUUUACCCGCUCUUGGAGACAAAUUAUGGUCAAGUGGACCACGGUCUCUUGAUUGCUUUCUCAUUGAGGUGGCACUCAGAGACGAGUAGUUUUCACCUUCCUGUAGGUGAAAUGACAAUCGCCUUGGAUGACAUUUCGUGCUUGCUGCAUAUACCUGUUGGAGGUAAUCUGCUGUUUCAUGAGAGCUUGUCUAUUCAUCAGGGGACAGAGUAUUUGGUUAACUACUUAGGAUUGGAAUUUGAGGAAAUUGCCGCGGAGACCAAACGUUUGAAAUCGGCACAUAUCACUUAUGAUACGCUUUUGAGUAUUUACACGAGCUAUCUGACCGAAGCGAAAUCGUAUGCGAAUCAGCCUGGGGAGGAAGAUUCGAUGGAAUGGUACCGGACUCGGUGCAUCAGAGCUUUUCUGCUCUAUCUAGUUGGUUGCACAUUGUUCAGUGAUAAGGCCGGCAGUAGCUGUUGUGUUGUCUAUUUGAAAUACUUUGACGAACUGACUACGGUUAAUCAAUGGUCAUGGGGUGCCACUGCUCUUGCUUUCCUCUACAAUUAUUUAGGUGACUUUACUAAACCCAGUUGUACGUCCUUGUCUGGCUACACUUGUUUGAUGCAGGCAUGGAUAUAUGAACACUUUCCAGACAUUUGUCCGAGGGAUCUUGAUAUCAGUUAUACAGAGGACCGCCCACGUGCCACUCGGUACAUGUUAAGACAGGGUCAUGCUAUACAACAAUGUUACAGGAAGGCGUUGGAUCGUCUUGAGGUUGAUGACAUCCGCCGGAGGACAUCAUUUGGUUUUCAGGGUGGAUAAUGUGCGGUGUGUCAUGUUAUCGUCCACACUUGCCGGAGCGCGUGUUGAGGCAAUUUGGUUUUGUUCAGAACGUUCCUAGACAUCCUGCUAUUGGCGCACCAUGCACAUUGAGUAUUUAUCAGAUGGAACAGGCUUUUCAGGAUUAUAAUAUGCAUCUGAUAUCUGAAGAAGAUCGUGGGCAACUAGUGGAAACUGAUUGGCAGUCAGAGGAUGGAUACUUGGUGUGGUUCUAUAAGGUCUCUCACCCUAAAUUGAUACCUGAUGUUCCUAAUAAUCCGCCGAGGCCUGCUAAUAUUGAGGUUCUGUUACACGAGGAACAUGGUGUUGAUCCAUUGACUGCCAUGUGCAGAAUCAAGGACCUGGCAAUUACUUCCAUUGAACAGAAUUCAGAGCUUGCAGGUACUCCUUUAUACAUUGCUAUGGAGCAGAUUAUAGCUCAUGCCACGCCUGCCACUCAGUACCAGUCGUUGAGGCGUAAGCGGAGAAAUGUCAGGCAGUAUAAUUAACAGGGCACUGAGUGAUGUCUAUUUUGUUUUUAGUUUUAGAAAUUUAGACUUUGGAUAUGAACCUAUGUUGUCGGGCAUUGUACUUUGUUAUGAACCUACUUGGUAAUAGAAUCAAUUUAUGAACCUAUGUAGUUGGGAAUUAAA